AUGAAUAAUAAAAUUAAAAUCAAGACUGAGCACGACAUCGAGAAACGACUUGGUAUCAAAGUGGAAAACCACCAGACAACAAACAACAGUGCCGAUAACUUAGCUGAAGCAUCGUCACAUAGCUCAUGGGUUCAAGAAAAAAAGUCUCUCAUUGAUAGCAUCACGGCGUUGAAAUCGGAAAAUCAAAUCUUUACACGGAAUCUUCAUGAAAAAGACACACAACUUUCUUCAGUGAAUGCAUCAAAUAAAGCUCUUGAAACUCGUUUGACAGAACAACAAUUGGAAUUUUCCAAGAAAAUCGAUGAUCUGAAAUCGCAACUGCUCAAAGCAGUCAACAAAGAUGAAGCCAAUCAAAAAUGCAUCACUGACCUGAAACGUGAGCACUCAUUGCUAAUAUCACAGAACAAGCAAUUCCAAACUGGUUUAGCUCAAGUUGAAAAUGAGACAGACUCGGACGAUAGCGAAAUUUACGAGGUUGAGAGUCUAUUGGAUGACAAAUCAAUAACAGAACGACACUAUUUGGUGCACUGGAAAGGAUAUGACUCAUCUCAUGAUAGCUGGGAGCGAGAAUCGAAUUUGUCUUGCGCGGCUUUGCUGAAAAAAUAUAAACAGGUCACCAAGAAACGCUAA